AUGCAGCCCUCGGAACUUAGAAGACAUCAGAAUCGCGGACGUUAUGAUCUCGAAUCAGUAUCAUCGGUGUUCGACGACACUUUCAUGGCCCAUGUGAGUUAUGUUGACAAUGGGCUCCCUCAGUGUUUACCCAUGAUCGCAUUGUUCCAUACGAUAGGUGAUGAUACUGCGGUUUAUUUGCAUGGGCAUCCGAGUGCUAGGUUGAUGGAACUCGCUAGACAGAAUAAGAGUUAUGAUGGAGAGAAGAUCAAAGUGUGCAUCACUGCGACGAAAGUGGAUGGUCUGGUGCUAUCCUCAGCACCGAAUGGACACACGUUCAAUUAUCGCUCAGCUGUCGUGCACGGAGAAUGUUCUCUCGUCACAGACCGGGAUCUCAAGCAGGAGAUCAUGAGAGGCGUCACAAACCACAUUGUUGAAGGCAGGUGGGAAGAUGUCAAUCUGGUUUCCUCGUUUCAGGUGUCCCUGGUGUGUGUUGUCCGUGUGGAUAUCUUGAGCCUGAGUUUGAAGACGAGGAGUGGCAUUCCAGGAAUCCAGCCUCGGGAUGUAGAGAAGGAUCGGAAAGAUAGAGAGGAACCUGUGUGGACAGGAGUUGUCCCUUUAUAUGAUGUGCUGGAUAAGCCGGUGGCAAGUGGAUUGACUGAUGCUGCGACAGAGCCACAAGGGCUGCGGAGGUUCAUUGAGAAGAGAAAUGAGAAGCAUCGGGAUCAUUCUCUGCGAGCAGCAAAGGCAUGA